GAUUGUUGGCCACGCCUCCGCACCAAUACCACGGUCUCUGCGGAAGUUCGGAUCUCAUGCAGCCCAGCAUGCCGGCUGCGGGCCGCCGCACGCCACGCAACGGCUCGCUGUGCUUCUCUGCCAGCAUCGGGGUGAUUGUGGUGACGGCCGUGCUGUGUCUUUUGGGCUUGUACCUCAAUUGGCCCACCGCGGCCUCGAACACCCUCCGACGCGAAGGUCUCCGGAGCCCCAAGGAGAUGGCCAGAUCCUUCCCGCUGCCCUUUCCGCUGAAGAACUUGGUGAACACCAGCCGAGCGGAAGCGGCCGCCAUUUUGCAGGGCCAGGAUGAUCGUUUGCUGGUCAUUGUGGGUCCAUGCUCCAUCCAUGAUCCCAAAGCCGCACGGGAGUAUGCUCAUCGAUUGCAGGUGCUUCGGGAGGAAAUGAAGGAUGAUUUGCUGAUCAUGAUGAGGACCUACCUUGAGAAGCCGCGCACCGCCAAAGGUUGGCGCGGCUUGAUCUCGGAUCCCACCCUGACGGGCGGCGAGGACUUGGCGCGUGGCUUGGCUUUGGGACGCCGGGUCUUGUUGGACGUGCUGGCAGCCGGGCUGCCCACUGCAGUGGAGUUUCUGGACCCCUUGGUGGCGCCCUACAUCGAAGACGUGGUCGCCUACGGCUCCAUCGGGGCUCGAACGGUGGAAAGCCCGGUGCAUCGGCAGCUGGCGGCCAGCUUAACGAUGCCCAUCGGCUUCAAGAACAGUCGCAGCGGUGACAUUCAAUCCGCGGUGAACGCCGCCGUGGCGGCCUCUUCUCCCCAGAAGAGAUUGUCCACGGAUCCUCGUGGACGGGUACAGAUUGAACAGGCCAUCGGGAAUCCUGACGUGCACAUCAUUUUAAGAGGCAGUGAGGAUGGGCCCAACUUUGGGGAGACCUUUGUGGCUGAAGCCAAAGAGCGCUUAGCCCAAGCGGGUUUUCGUGGAUCCCAGAUAUUGAUCGACUGCUCCCAUGGCAAUUCUGGGAAGAAGUAUGAGGGAGAGGUGGUCGCUUGUCACUCCGUGGCCGAACAGGUCUCCUCGGGAAACCCCGCCAUUGGUGGAGUUUUGAUCGAAAGCUUCCUGGUGGCUGGAAACCAGAAGUUGGAACCAGGUGUGACGAAAGUUGAGGAUCUUCAAUACGGUUGCAGUGUCACUGACUCCUGCCUCGAUUUCAAUAUGACGCAGGAGCUCCUGCAAGACCUGCGACGCUCCGUGCUCGCGCGGCGUGCGCGGGUGGAGGAGACCUGGAAGGGAACACCCGAGGCCAGUGCCACAACUUGAGCAAUGCUGCGAGCCGCGC